AUCCAUUUCUUUAUUAUUUUUUUGUAAUUUUCUUUGUAAAUGCAAUAACUUUUUGCUGAAAUUCAAUCCUUCAGCAACCCAACCAUCAGAUUGCUUUUAUUUUGACUUUUUUUGUUUAUUUAUGUGUUUUGGCCUUUUGGGUUGACAGGAGUUUUUUUCCUUUAGUGUUCUUAGAAUGUUUUUCUUGAAUUGGAUUUAAUUACUUUGCCACUGAAUUUCUGCUUUCAUUUUGGACUAAUUUCAGUGUUUUUCCACCUCUUCUAUAUGGGAUUAUCUGUGUUGGUGGGUUGGAUAUUGGAGGGUUGGACGUGUGCUCUUUGAUUUCAGAGAGGAAGAAAGUGGAAUGUGAAGAGAAGUUUGAACUUUCAUGAUUAGGGCAUGGCAAAUUAGAAAUUUAUACACAAUUGGGUUUGCUGCAGUUAUUUACCUCUGAGAUGUGUACAUGCUGAAAGCUGGUGUACGAUUUGGCAUCAUGCAUUCUAUAAAUUGUGGCUGGGUAGGCCGCCACACAUAUGCCUUAGCAAAGAGCAGUGAGUCUGGAGGGAGGAAGUCUCGUAUUCGGCGGUCAAAGAAGGAGAGAAAGGAAAUGGUUGAAUCCUUUAUAAAGAAGCACCAGAGCUUAAACAAUGGGAAUUUCCCCUCUCUAAAUCUUACACACAAGGAAGUUGGUGGGUCUUUCUACACAGUAAGAGAGAUUGUUAGAGAAAUAAUCCAAGAAAAUAGGGUGCUGGGUCCUGCUAAGGAUUUGCCAGAGGAACAGAAUACUGAUCAGUUAUUGGUGAAAUACCCAUUGGGCACAAUUUCCAUAGAACCUGAAGCUUCUCUGCCUAUUUCACCGAAUGGAAGUCCUUUUGCAUCUGAUCAGUAUCAGAAUACAAGUGAAGAACCUGACUUAAUUCCUGAUGGGCUUAAUGCUGAACCUGAACAGCAGGUGUUUAACAAGGAGCAAAUCAUUAAUGGGAAUCAUAUAAGUGUAACAAAUAAAGAAUGUGAUGAAAUAAAAGUUGCAAAGACUCAAGUAAGUGAAGCACUGGAAACAAAGAAAGGUAUGGAAAAGGUGGCUGCAUCUAGGACUAAAGUGAUUCAGAUGGCAGAUGUAAUUGUAGAAACAUUUCCAUUACAGCCUGUCACUCAGCCUUCUAAUAACUUGGAUGGAAAGUCUGGUGAAUUAAGGGAUUUGAAUGGAACUGUAGUAGAAAAAGAUGUUGAAAAGGUGCCCUCGGGACCAGGAUAUGUUGAUUCUAAAAUAGAUGGAAUGAAUUUGUCAAGCAAUUCCUGUUUGGUGGAUGAUAAAGAAGUAGAAGACCUAGCAGGUCCACUGUUUGAAGGAGACUCCAGUUCUGUGGAUGAGAAAGCCAUUAAAACUGUAGAAGAUCUGCCAUUAGAAAGCUCAAAUUUGUUUGCUACCAAAGAUGGCAUUGUGCGUGAUACUCAGGUUGACAUAGAUGUAGAAGUGAAAUCAUCACGUAAUGAUGAGGCAAUUACCGAAACGAAGGUUGUAAAUGCAUCAAAUGGCACCCAAACCGCAACUCUAAAUCGUACGUAUGCUAGUACCAAUAGCAGUGAGCCAAUAACCCAAAAAGAAGUUACUGGAAAUAAAGCUGAUGUUCAACAUAGUGGCAACUCUCAGAAAGGGAACAAUCCAACAUUAGACAGAAUAAAUAUUAAAUCAUGGGAAGGGGCAUCUAAAAAUCCUGCAGAAUCAGAAACUAACCCAGUGUUGGCUAUUUUUAAAUCGUUCAUAGCUGCGUUUAAGAAAUUUUGGUCUGAAUAAAGUUUUGGUGUGUUUGUCUACAAGAGUGGAUGAAUUCUGCAUUUGCCAAGAGUAAUGUAUGAACGCUCCCUAUUCUUAAUGUCACUUUUUUCCCCCUCAUACACAAUCUAAUAUCAUAUCGAAGGGAAUUUUCACAUUUGAUGAUGGAAAGGCUUGCAUGCUAGAAGGAUAUCUGAAUAUGAGAUAUAAGAGUGAUUGCAGUUUCUAGGCAGUGGCAGCUGCUGGGGGAACCCUGCUUUAUGUAUAUAUAGACUGCCUUAUCAGAUUGUUCAUGGUUGCCGCGAAGACAUCUUUUUCUACUAAUCUUUUUGGUCAUCAACCAUGGUAGAGCUGGUUCUUGUGUGUCUGCUUGUAAAGUCUACAGAUUAAUAGUUUACCGUUCUAAAUGGAGGUGGCUUCUGUGUUCAAUAUGCUUCAUUGUCAUCUUUAAUAUUUUUAUUAUUAAGAAGUUCAAACUUGAUCAGUA